CUUAAUAAUUUAUGUGUUCUACUCUUUCGUUGCAGUUUUGAAAAUGAACUGUUUGGCCCGAGGGCCGAGGCCCUGCGUCUCCUCCCUGUGCCGUUGCCUGGAAAACUCGUCAGUGCGGCAACAACGCAAGCAGCAGCAAUUCCAAGUUCAAGUUCCAGCUCCAGUCUCACUCGCACGUAAGAAUAACAGCAACAGCAACAGCAACAAAAAGAAGAUCAGCAACACUGGCUGCUGCACAUUGAAAAGUACGUUCCUAGGCACUAUUGGUAGUACUUUGGGCCCGCAUAGUGCGGCCGCCCGAUCGUUUGCGUCUGCAUGGAGUCAAUGAGACGUAACGAGGCGAACACUAGCCACCACCCGAAUAAGGUGGCCCUGAAUAGCAGCAACGUAGCAACGGAAAGCAAUAUUAAGAGUAAAUUGUUAGCUAAUUUAAGUGCGGCAAACGCAACAACAACAUCAACUGUAGCAGCAUCGGCAGCAGGAACAGCAGCGGCUACAACAACAACAACUACACCAACAACGGCAGCCGCAGCAGCAGCAGCAACAACAGCAUCGACAACGGCAGCCACAAAUCAAGCAUUGAAUUUCAAUAACAAAGUGAAGGCAACAACAGCAACGAAUCAUUUGCAAGGCAACAGUGCGAUUAAGAAGCAUACAAAGUCAACUGGCGGUGGCAAGGGAAACGCAAAUACAACGACAACAAACAACACAACAGCAACAACAACGUCGAGUAGCAGCAGUUCUUCAAAUUCAAGUGAAUCGAAGGAUACAAAUUUUGAGUACGAGGACGAGUGGAAUAUUGGCGGCAUACCAGAGCUGCUGGACGAUCUAGACGCUGACAUUGAAAAGUCGGCGGCGCAUUCGGGUGGUGGCAACAACCAAACGACAGCGACAGCGACACCAACAACAGCAACGCUUAAUGCUAAACAAGCAAACAGCACAACAGCAACAGCAGCAGCAGCAUCAUCAGCAACCACAGCAGCAGCAGCAACAUCAGCUCAUAAAUCACACAAGACUACAUUGCAUAGCAAUUUGUCGGCCACAUCGCCAACCACAAUUAAGUUCACACGUCAGCCCAUUGCCAGCGGCAGCGGCAGCGCCAACACAACGGCAACAGGCGCCAGCAACAGCAACAGUAGCAACAACAGCAGCAGCAACACUAGCAGCAGCAACAACAGUAACAGCAGCUCAGCUGUGCUGUCCGGCAGCAAAGGUUCAUCAUCAUCAUCAGCGGGCAAACAUCAUCAUCAUCAUCAUCAUCACCACCAUCAUCAUCAUCAUAACAGCAGCAGCCCCAAGGGUUUCAAGUCUGCAUUGGUGGCACAAUUAAACAGUCCAGCAGUUAAUCACAACAACAACAGCAGCAACAACAACAACAAUAAUAAUCAACAUCAAAACAACAACAAUAGUAGUAGUAAAAGCAGCAGCACAUUGUCAUCCUCGACAUUUGCCGGUUUCUCCAAGGGCGGCAAUUUGGUAUCCUCUUGUGUUAGCCAGUCUUCCUCGAAUAACAACAACAACAACAGCAGCAGCAGCAGCAACAGCACUGGUCAGCAAAACAAACUUUCCGCUGGCGGCAUGUCCUCACAAACGGGCAGCGGCAGCGGCAGCAACUCGAGCAACAACAACAACAACAGUAGCAGCAACAACAAUAACAACAACAGCAGCAGCAGCGGAGGAGGCAGCAACAGCGGCGGCAACAACAGUGCCAGCAAUAGCAAUAACAACAACAGCAACAGCAUAGGCAGCGGUUUGGGGGGCGCCACAAUCAGUGGCCAAAGUUCGCAAGGCGGCAGCGGUAAAUCGAGCGCAAAAAUGUCCAUUGAUCAUCAGGCAACGCUCGAUAAAGGACUCAAAAUGAAGAUCAAACGCACCAAGCCCGGCACCAAAAGUUCCGAGGCCAAACACGAGAUUGUCAAGGCCACAGAUCAGCAGCAGCAGCAGCAACAACAGCAGCAACAGAAUGGCGGUCUGGGCAAUAGCUCUAGCCAACAGGAUGAUGGUGGCAGCAGCAGCACCAGUAGCAGCAGCAGCAGCAACGCAAAUGCGUCUUCCCUUAGCAACAACAACAGCAGCAACAACAACAACAACAGCAGCAGUAGCAGCAGCAACAGCAAUAAUAGCUCGAGCGGCGCCAGCGGCAACUCUUCCAGUUCCAGCAGCAAAAAGCAUUUGAACAAUUCCAGCAACAGUAGCAACAGCAACAAUAACAACAGCAGCAGCAGCAACAAUAGUGGCGGCAAUCAAAACAAUGCACACGGCAGCAGCAGCAGCGGCAGCAGCAGCAGCAGCAACAACAACAGCAGCAGCAGCAACAACAACAACGCACAGUCAACGCCGCAGGGCAACAAACGUGGCAGCUCCGGACAUCGGCGUGAGAAGACCAAGGAUAAAAAUGCACAUUCCAAUCGCCUCAGCGUUGAUAAAUCAACGGCAGCAUCGGCGGCCGGGGAGAAAGAUACGCCCGAAAAGAACGCCAGCAACAGCAACAACAGUGGCAGCGGCAGCAGCAACAACAACAACAACGGCAGCAGCAGCAAUUGCCAGUGCAAUGGUGAUGUUGCAACAACAACAACAGCAGCUGCUCCGCCCUGUUCGCAUCAUGCCUGCAUUCGACGCAUCUCCAAUGCCAGCAGCGGCAGCAACAGCAGCGGCAGCAACAGUGGCAACUCCUCCGUGUCCGCUGUGCCGCCGGGUGUGUUUACACCCUCGGCGGGUUCGCCGGCUGCUGUUGUCUCGGCGGCAGCAUCGUUGUUGGCUGCCACAACGGCAGCAACAAACGCCUCGCAGUCGGCAAGCGGCAGCAACAGUGGCAACGGUGUUAAUGCUGGUGCCGCCAAUGCACCUGGUCCGCCGGGCAAAGAUGCCAGCAUUAAAAUCUCCUCACACAUUGCCGCCCAACUGGCGGCAGCAGCUGCCUCCAGCAGCAGUGGAGUAGCUGGUGGAGUUGCUGCCGGCGGUGGCAGCAACAGCAAUUCCAACAGCAGCAACUAUGCCGGCAGCCAGGGCAGCGCAGGAUCUGCAGCGGCAACUGGAGCCGGAGCCGGCAGCAAUGCCGAGAGCAAAGCGGCCAGUCUGUCACAGGCCAAGCUAAUGGCACCCGGCAUGAUCUCAGCCACAAUGCACCACACGAUUUCAGUGCCCGCUGGCAGCAGUGGCACCACCGCUGGCGACGAGGACAGCAAAUCCCCGCCAGCGAAACGGGCCAAGCACAGUGAUGGCAGCAAGGACAUGGUCGAUAUCUGCAUCGGCACCUCUGUCGGCACCAUCACCGAACCCGACUGCCUCGGUCCCUGCGAGCCGGGCACCUCGGUCACCCUCGAGGGCAUCGUGUGGCACGAGACUGAGGGCGGCGUCCUCGUCGUCAAUGUGACGUGGCGCGGCAAGACCUAUGUGGGCACCCUCCUCGAUUGCACCCGACACGACUGGGCUCCUCCAAGAUUCUGUGAUUCACCAACUGAAGAAUUAGAUUCUCGAACUCCAAAGGGACGCGGCAAGCGCGGACGCAGCGCUGGUUUAACGCCCGAUCUGAGCAACUUUACGGAAACCAGAAGCUCGAUUUACUUUUCACAUGCUCAGGUGCACUCGAAGUUGCGCAAUGGCGCCACAAAGGGACGCGGGGCGACACGCAGUGCAUCGGGUAAUGCUGGCAACAGCAGCGGCUCUUCGGCUAAUGGCGCUGGUGCUGCUGGUGGUGCGGGUGGGGGUGCGGGUGGUGGCGGUGGCGCCACGCCGAGCACAUCACCAACAGCAUUUCUGCCGCCGCGACCGGAGAAGCGCAAAUCAAAGGACGAGGCGCCGUCACCGCUUAAUGGUGAUGGCACCGAUGCAACCGGCGGCAUGGUGAGCAUGGUCAAUGCCAGUGGCAUACCAAUCUCGGCCAGCGGCGGUGGCCUGGCCACCCAACCGCAGAGCCUGCUCAAUCCCGUCACCGGACUGAAUGUGCAAAUCAACACAAAGAAAUGUAAGACUGCCUCGCCCUGCGCGAUCUCACCAGUGCUGCUCGAGUGUCCCGAGCAGGAUUGCAGCAAGAAGUACAAGCAUGCCAAUGGACUGCGCUAUCAUCAAUCGCAUGCGCACGGCGCCAGCGGCAGCAGCGGUGGCGGUGGCGCCAGCUCCAUGGACGAGGACUCUAUGCAGGCGCCCGAGGAGCCAGCCACGCCACCAUCUCCGCUUCCAGCAGCAACAGCAGCACAAGCAGCUGCAACGACACAAGCAACUGUCACAGCAGCAGCCACUCCAGCAGCAACAUGCACAACAGCAACCGCAACAUCGCCGCCUGCCAACAGCACCGUCAAUGUGGCCAAUGGCAAUGCAACAGCAACGGCAGCCGCAGCAGCAGCAAUUGCAGCAGCAGCAACUGUGGCAACAGCGUCUGCAGUUGCUGUGGCAGAGACAAGUGCAGCAGCAACUACAACUCCGGUUGCCAGCGCAGUUGCAGAUGCCGCAUUGCCAGCUCUGCCGUUGGUCGCUGCUGCGGCGGCGGCAACAGCAACCGCUGCUAUUGCAGCACAACAACAACAACAGCCGCCAAUAGCACAAAAUCAACCGCAACCACAAGCACAAGCACAACCGCAGGCGCUACUGACGGCGCCAAUUGGUGUUGCUGGUAAUCAGCCUGUGGCUGGUGGCAGCAUCACCGCUGGCAUCUCGACACAGGCGCUCUCACAGCACCAGCAGCAGCUGCUGGGCGGUCUUGGGCUGCCGGCAAUGCUCUCCGAGCAGCAGCAACAGGCCUUGCUGCAACAGGGUGCAUUAAAAGCGGGAGUUUUGCGCUUUGGUCCGCCCGAUGCGGCGGCUUUGCAGCAGCAACAACAACAGCAGCAGCAGGGAGCAACAACACAACAAUCGCCGCCUGGACAGAGUCCAUUGCGUCCGCCUAGCCUCGCACAAGAUGUACAACAAGCGCCUCCUGGCUAUGCCCAACAACAACAACAACAACAACAGCAGCAGCAGCAACAACAACAACAGCCGCCUCCGGGCUUGAAGAGCACGCCAGGCUUUGGACCCAACGCCGUGGCAGUUGGUGUCGUUGGCAGCAAGCAGAAGAAGAACCGCAAAUCACCGGGUCCCAAUGACUUUGAUGGCAGCGUGUCGCGUGAGGAUGUGCAGAGUCCUGCAUACAGUGAUAUAUCGGACGAUUCGACGCCCGUGGCAGAGCAGGAGCUGUUGGACAAGGUGCAGCCGGUCAAGCACAUUGAGCUGCUGGGCAAGAAGCCCAGCGAGGUGGGCGUGCCAGCAGCGCCAGCGCCAAAUAUGCCACCCUCUCUAGCUGGCUAUGGCAUGUAUCAGUUCUAUCCGGCUGCCCAGCAACAACAACAACAACAGCAGCAGCAGCAGCAACAACAACAGCCACCGCCGCCGCCACAGCAACCGCAGCCACAGUAUAUGGUGCAACCUGGUCCGGAUAAGCCGUCGCAGCAGCAACAACAACAAAUGCAACAACCGGGCGCUCCAGCAGCUACCUCACAGACGCCUCAGACGCAUCUGUUGGCGCCGCCACCACAGCAGGCGGUUGGUCAUCUCACUGAUUACAGCAACAAGAACAAAGAGCCGCCAUUGGAUCUGAUGACAAAGCCGCCAUCUCAAACAGUUGGACAGCAGCAGCAGCAACAACAGCAACAACAACAGCCUGGACAGCCCGAUAACAAUGGCAAGGACACGGGUCCGCCAACAUCACAGCCGGUGCAAGUGCCACAACCACCGCCGGUUAAUCUCAGUGCGGUAACUGGACCGCCACCAGGUGGCUUACCGCCUGGCAUGGCCGGCCUGGCAGGUCUAGGCGGUCCGACGCAGGCCAAGGCACUGGGUCACUUUUAUCCCUACAAUUUUAUUCCCCCCGGUUAUCCGUAUAGUGUAGAUCCGAACUUUGGGCCAGUUUCGAUUGUGGCCUCGGAGGAGGCUGCCAAGUUGAGUGGACAUCCUGGUUUGCCGCCCAGCUCGCAGCAACAACAACAGCAGCAGCAACAACAGCAGCAGCAGCAACAACAACAACAACAGCUAUCUGGCAUCAGCAUUAAGGAGGAGCGCAUGAAGGAAAGUCCCAGUCCACAUGAGAAUUCCAAGCAUUUGCCACCACAGCAGCAGCUGCUGGCCAACAAGUUGAUCAAGCAGGAGCCAAUGAUCAAGCAGGAGAUCAAACAGGAGCCCAACUCCAAUCCGGGACAACAACAGCCGCCGCCACAGCAUCAGCAGCAGCAACAGCAGCAACAACAACCGCCGCCACAGCCACAACAACCACACGCAUUGCAUCCAAAGGAUCUGCAGGCAUUGGGCGCCUAUCCAAGCAUCUAUCAGCGUCAUUCCAUGAGUCUGGCGGCGGCAGCACGCGAAGAGGAGCUGCGACGUUAUUACAUGUUUACGGAUCAACAACGGCGCCAGAAUGCGGCAGCUGUGGCAGCAGCACAAGGUGCACCUGGCAUGCAACCGCAUCCAGGUAUGCCGCACCAGCACAAGGAUGAGUCCAGCAUGAGUGCACAACAACAACAACAGCAGCAGCAGCAACAACAACAACAGCAGCAGCAACUUUCCAUUGCCCAUCAUCAGCAGCAAGCGCUGCAGCAACAUCAUCAGCAUCUGCAACAGCAGGCACAGCAGCAUCAGCAACAACAGCAGCAGCAGCAACAACAACAGCAGCAGCAACAACAACAACAGCAACAACAGCAGCAACAACAACAACAGCAACAACAGCAGCAGCAGCAACAACAACAGAAACUUAAGCAAUCUCAAGCAGCAAGCGCUUCGGCCAACAAUAAAGCCACAAAUCUGACAAAGGAUUCGCCCAAGCAAAAGGGCAACUCGACCGACGACGAUCAGCAGCAGCAGCAGCUGAAGGUGAAGCAGGAGGGUCAGAAGCCCACAAUGGAAACACAGGGACCGCCUCCGCCGCCCACCUCGCAAUAUUUCCUGCAUCCCUCGUACAUUUCACCGACGCCCUUUGGCUUUGAUCCCAAUCAUCCCAUGUAUCGCAAUGUUCUAAUGUCGGCCGCUGGUCCCUAUAAUGGGCCGUAUCAUCUGCCCAUACCGCGUUAUCAUGCGCCCGAGGAUCUGUCACGGAAUACGGGCACCAAGGCGCUGGACGCACUGCAUCACGCUGCCAGCCAGUAUUACACCACGCACAAGAUACACGAGCUGAGUGAACGCGCUCUCAAAUCCCCGACCAGCGCCAGCGGUCCCGUCAAGGUCAGCGUCAGUAGUCCCAGUCUUGGACCCCCGCAGCCCGGUGGCGGGCCCAGCAAUAGUGGACCCGGCUCUGGGCCCAACGUCCUGGGCGGCAAUGGACCCAGUCAGCCGGGUGCGGCGCCAGGUGGUGGCGGAGGCGUGCCACUGAAUCUGCAGCCACCACCGGGCAGCUUGGGCGGUCCGCCGUCCAACAAAUCGGAUCUGGCUGGCCAAAAAUCACAUGGUGUGGCGCCGGGCACAGCGCUAGAUGCGCACAAGCAGCCACUGCCUGGAGCGCCGCCACUUGGUGCCGGUCCGACCGGUAGUGCUGCCGUUGGUGUGGUCGGCGGUGCCGGGAAUGGCGCUCCUGGUGGUGCCGGUGCCGCCGAUUCACGCAGUCCGCCGCCUCAAAGGCAUGUGCACACACACCAUCACACACAUGUAGGACUCGGGUAUCCCAUGUACCCAGCGCCCUAUGGAGCUGCCGUCUUGGCCAGCCAACAGGCGGCUGCAGUAGCUGUGAUAAAUCCAUUUCCGCCGGGACCGUCAAAAUGAGAACCACUGAACGGCAGCAAUGAGAAGAAGGCCUACAAUGUGAAAAACAAUUAACGCGAACACUCGGAUUGGGACUAGAACUGGUGGAAUGUCCAGGAUGGGAUGUGCAGUGGGAGGAGUGGGGGAGGCAGUGGUUGAUUGAGGAUAAAUGAUAGUCCUGAAAAUGCAUUUGCAAAUUGUUCUGGGUGUGCACACAGAUACACCCACACACUUACACACACAGACACAAACAUAUAGUAAAUAGAUUAUUUUUACAAUGUUAUAAAAACCACAAGCACCCCAACAACAACAACCACAGCAACUAGUAACAACAAACAGAAACGACUAUUUAUAUGCAUAAGUAUUUUUUGUAUGUUUCGUUUAACGUGUUAACUAUAAUUGUAGUUGUAAGGCCUAAGUUAUCAUUACUAUUACCAGAUAAAACAUAUAAAUACAAGUAUAUAUAUAUAUAAACAUUAAUGAUAUGAUGAUAAUAUAGCAUAACUACAAAUUAGCGAUGUUUUUCCUAAGUGUAUUUUGCAUAUACUUAUAAAUUUAUAUAUAAUUAUAUACAUAUAUUACUAUUAUACAUUUAAAACAAAACAAAACAAAACAAAAAACGUAAUAUAAUAAUAGUUGCAUAUAUUUAUAUAUAUAUUAUACGAGAGAGGCGUAAAUCGAACAUGAACAAAACGUAUAAAACCUGUAGUGUGUUGAUUUCUUGUAAAAAAAAAAAACAAAACAAAACAAACAAAAAUGGAAAACAAAACGAAACUUAAUAAUAAUAUUGCAUAUUGUUUAGCGAUUAUUAUCGGAUUACCAAUUACAAAUUACCAAUUAUAUAAUGUAGAUCUUACAAAAUUUAGCAUUUAGCAGUGUGUAUUAAUUAAUCCCUAUCUGUGUUGCGAAUGGAGCUAGCGCAAAAUUUGCAUCUAAAAGACAAAGGGCGCGCCCCAUUCUUAUAUCUUAUGUAUGUAUGUAAUGUGUGUACUAUUCGUAUCCGUAGUUUAUCUAAAACCACAAAAAAAAAAAAAAACAUUUUCCUUUUGUGAAUUUCUCGGCCCCAGUUGCCGCCACUAAUUUAAAUGUUUCUAAGUAUCAAACGUGUACUUUAAAUAUAUUUAUAUAAAUACAAAAAAAAAAUAUAUAUAUAUAUAUACAUAUGUAUGUGUAUGAUAUGAUGAAAUAUUAUUAUUAUAAUUAUAUGUGUAACUUACAUUUACUAUAUUCUAGUAUGUGAAUGUGAAUGAAUGUGGGUGGUGUAUGUUGUAGUUCACUAGCCGCUUCAUAGACUACACGCGUGAUUUAAUGGCACUUAAUGUUUUAUAGCCUAAGCUCCAAACAAACAAAAAAACAAAAACAAAACAAAAUUAAGAACACACAAUUCUUUAGAAUUUAUCAAUAAAAACACAAAGUAUUGCAUGUAAAUAUACCUUAAA